AUGGAUGACAAGAACGUCGCAGUCCUUGCGACUGACUCUGCGGCUACAAACAACGACAAUGGCGAUCCUCAACAAGACUUGCCGAAUGAAGAAGCGCAACGAGGUGUUCAAGAUGUCGAGGCUAUGGCUCUCACUUGGUCGAAAUUGACACUCAUCGGUAUCUUCCUCAAUAUCUGGUUGCUCUACUUUGUCAAUGCAUUUCAGUCUACAAUUCUCUCCAAUCUGCUUCCCUACGCCACGAGCGCUUUCGAAUCUCAUUCGUUAUUGAAUGUUAUCUAUGUCGUAGCCGGUUCUAUGUCUGCAGCCACUUAUAUGCCCCUGUCAAAGAUUAUGGACGUCUGGGGAAGAGCUGAAGGCUUUCUCAUCAUGACCGUCUUUGCUACCCUGGGCCUGAUUCUCAUGGCUGCAAGCAAUGGCAUCGCCACCUUCUGUGCAGCAUAUGUGUUUUAUAGCAUUGGAUUCGGUGGUAUGACAUACGCCGUAGAUGUUAUUACGGCCGAUGCAUCGCAGCUGAAGAAUCGAGGGUUAGCUUACGCUUUCACAUCUUCUCCUUACAUCAUCACCGCAUUUGCCGGGGCCAAAGCAUCAGAGGGUUUCUACAACGACAUCAGCUGGCGAUGGGGCUUUGGCGUCUUUGCCAUCGUCUUUCCUAUUGUGGCUGCUCCACUAUACUUCAUCUUGAAGAUUAACCUUCGCAAGGCCGAGAGGCAAGGUCUAUUGAAUAAGGAGCCAAGCAACCGAACAAUAUUGCAAAGCAUCUGGUAUUACAGUGUAGAAUUCGAUGCAAUGGGAGUGUUUUUGUUCUCCGUCGGUCUCACGGUGUUUCUUCUUCCUUUCAACAUUGCCGACUCUGCCCCUAAUGGGUGGUCAUCAGGAUACAUAAUUGCCAUGAUUGUGGUUGGCUUCGUUAUGCUUAUUAUCUUUACCGUAUACGAGACCUUCCUAGCGCCAAUUCCUCUACUCGACUGGAACCUCUUGAUUGAUCGGACUGUCAUCGGCGCCUGUCUUCUCGAUGCUACAUAUCAAAUCUCUCUAGCAGAAGCGGGAUAUGUCAACAAUACCUUCAACGUGGUUUCGGGAGUACUCCUGUUGAUUGUUGGCUUCCUGAUCCGUAGGACUGGUCGGUUCAAGUGGCUUCUGUAUAUAGCCGUCCCGCUUUACAUCUUUGCGCAGGGGUUGAUGAUCUAUUUCCGCCGACCGAACCAAAACGUGGGCUAUCUUGUCAUGUGUCAAGUCUUCAUAUCGAUUGGAGCCCUUGCAUUGCUAAAUGUGGUGGGUACGGUUGGAGACGCCAUGGGCGCAACGAUAUCCGGAGCCAUCUGGACAAACACGUUCCAGAAGGCGCUUGAGCGAUAUCUUCCGGAAUCAGCGCUUCCGGAUUUGGACGUCAUUUAUGAGGAUUUGGACACGCAGCUGAGCUACCCUGUCGGAAGCGCCGUCAGGUUGGCAAUCCAGAAAGCAUAUGCGUACUCACAAACCCGCAUGCUUGCUGCCGGAACUGGUGUCAUGGGCCUUGCGAUAAUUUGGAUGCUUAUGAUUAGAAACAUUAAUCUUGCAAAGGUGGCUCAAGUAAAGGGCAUGGUCUUCUAA